AUGCUUUCUUCAGCGAUAUCAGUCCUGGCCCUCGCGGCCACCGCAUCCGCCCACAUCGUCAUCUCCUACCCAGGCUGGCGAGGGAACAACCUCGUCACCAACGAGACAUUCCCCUACGGCAUGCAAUGGAGCUAUCCAUGCGGCGGUACACCAGUCACUGGCAACCGCACCUACUGGCCCACCACAGGCGGCGCCAUCGCCUUCCAACCCGGCUGGUUCCAGGGCCACGCCACCGCCUUCGUCUACGUCAACAUGGGUUUCGGCACCGACGGCCCCGAUGGCGGUCCCGCCAACAUGUCCUUCCCCAUGAUUCACCCCUUCCAGAUCCUUGGCCCCAGCAAGAAUCCGUACCCGGGCACCGUCUGUCUCACCCAGGUGCCUCUACCCAACAACGUCACUGUGCAGCCGGGUGAUAAUGCCACCAUCCAAGUCGUCGAGCUCGCCGUGCACGGAGCUGCUCUCUAUUCUUGCGUCGACAUCACCUUCCUCGAGCCAGGAGACGAGCGCAUCGCCGAAGUGAACGCGACCAACUGCUACAACUCCACCGACAUCGGCGUCGCCGACAUCUACACCAUCACCACCCGCGAGUCCGGCUCCGAUGAGUACCGCGUCUCCGCCGCCCAUCCCGCCAUCUCUCUACCCGGCCUUAGCGCCUCUCUCCUCGGCUGGCUCCCGCUCAUCGGCGCCGGUAUUUGGGCCGUGCUAUAA